AUGAGUGAUUCAGAUUGCCCCUGCCUACAAAAGACUUUUUUUACAACUGAGCCUCAGCCCAUGUUAUUUGCGUAUUGUAAAAUCAUGAUCAAGGGUGUCGAGUUAAUCGAAGGUCGCAUCAACUCGCGCAAUUUAAUUCGGUACGCCACCGCUUAUGGGUUUCUCAAAGAGAUGAUCAUCUCACUCGCUCGAAUUGAGAUAAACUCGACACCACCCGCUUCCUUUAUCUUUCGUGGGAACUCCGCGUUCACUCGGCUCUUUUUUUAUUACUUAGAGUCCUCCACACAAGACUUUUUAGAGGCCGUUAUAGGAAGUGUCGUAGCAAAAAUGAUCGACGACCCAAAACUCUAUUUUGAGUCGAUAGACCCAACACAGUCCGACAAUGAAAAUUUGUUGUUUGAGAAUUUAGAUAGCGUCACUGCUGUAAUGGACGUCUUAGGAAAAUUAUUGUUGUCAAACUUCAAUAAAAUCCCGUUACAGGUCGUCGGGAUAUUACGGGACAUCUUGUUCGAGGUGAAAAAAAAGGACCCCAAUUUGACCGUUCGUUAUAAUACGUACAAAACAGUCUUCUUCUUACGGUACUUAUUCAUCGCUCUUAACAACGCAAAACAAUACGUCCCAGUACAACUCGCACACGAACUCCCACAAAUCGCUGAACAAAUUAAAACCAUUGUCAGGUUCGGACAGAUGAUUGUCAACGGAAGAAGCUCGCAAGACCAAUUAUCGGAAUAUGUCAUUCAAGCGUGCAGUGGAUUUUGUCAGUCGAUGAGACUUGUGUUUAACGAAAUAUGUCAGUGCGAACCUCUGCGGCCUAAAGAGGUUGUGGGCAUCAACUUUAAUAUCCAGAAACAAGUCUCGUUCGAAUUGUUCAACUCGAUUAAACCAUUUUUGUCGAAAUUUAAGACGGAACUCGACGCUAUGGGGAAGUCAGAAGUGUUUGAGAAGGUCUUCACGUGCUCAAGGAAGAAUGACAACUUCAUUAGGAAGUUCGAACUUGGACCAAUCAUCGACUCGUCAACAAAAAUGCAUAGCUUUAUGAUGGAGAGGUUGCUCCUACUCCAAGAAGAAAACGAGGACUACGUCAGGAGGAUCAAGGAGAUUAAGUCGUCGAUACAACGAACAACGACGAUACUCAGUUUGGCAAAUUCGAAAACACAACAACUCAAUAUCUCUAAACUAUAA